CUCCUUUCUCUCUCUCUCUCUCUCUCUUAGUUCUGAUGGCGUCUGCUAAACGAAACCCCCGCUUGUCACACCAUAUUGUGUUAUUCGCCGUGAAAGGAACUGUUCAUGUUCCACUGCCUUACGAAAGCGCACUGGUGCAUAGCAGUUGCAGCGAAUAUUAUUUAGUUGAGGCGAGUACAUCUCCUGGAAAAAUCUGAGCUUACCUGAAAGUGAUAGAUCGACGCGCUUGCGAGCCUGACGCACUUAAGCCCAAUUUCUACCGAGCAGUCAUCAUUUGUGGUGGGACUAUAAACAAUUCUGGUCAUCCUAAAUAACCGAAAAAUGACACGCUGGGCUCGUAUAAAAUCAACACACGGGACAAAGCGGCAGCCGGAGGAAGCAACGUCAUGGCAGGAUUUCCAAAAACAAAGGAAACAGCUUAACGAAACUCAGGAUCCCGACACCAAGUUGGUCACGGUUGAAAAGGGUAUUCACCGAGAGCCUGAUAAAAAACGCAAGAUUACGAAUGAAGAGCACAAGAGGUUAAAAAAGAAAAAGCAGUUGAAGAAGAUGCGUGAACAACGAGAAAAGAAAGGAAUGGUCUUAUUGCCAGAAAAAAUUGAGCGAAAAAUCUAUCGAAUGAAGAAGGCUAUGCGCGCAAAAGAUAAAACUGCACAGGAAAUCAGAGAGGAAAUCAGACGAUUCCGCCGGAAAGAAGAAUUGGCGUAUAGAAAGCUUUGCUUAAAGGCAUGUUUGCACUGUCGCCAGCCCGGCCACAAGGUAGCAGACUGUCCGCAAGCACCUAGAGUAGGAAUCUGCUAUAAAUGUGGCGCAUCAGAUCACACUUCUGCUAACUGCUUGCAAGUAGCAGGGGAUUCAUAUAUGUUCGCCGCGUGUUUCGUCUGCGGAGAACAAGGUCACAUUUCAAGGGAAUGUCCGAAAAACGAAAAGGGGGCUUUUCCUAAAGGAGGUGGUUGCCGAUUCUGCGGGUCUAAUAAGCAUAAAAAGCAGGAUUGCCCGGAUCGAAAAGCUGCAAAGCGGAUAAAUAAUGAGGAACAGGAUGAAGUUGUUGCGGAUGUAUUAACGAACGAUAAGGAUAGUGCUGACAAAGAAAUUCAUCGCGACACCUCUUUGUUCAUGCGUUCCGUCAGAACAUCGGGCUUAUCUGGUAAACCCACAGGAACAUCCAGUACUAGACGCAAGCCAAAGUUUGUUAAAUUCUGAGUUUAGAUUAAUUAGUUUGGCCGGUGGCCUGACAUGCAGCUAUCCGGCUUUGAUUAUGUUUGAUAGGUUCGUGUUCGUUUUAUUACUGGCUUUGGUUUGCCGUUUGGAAACAGCUAGAAGAUAUGUGCCUAGUAUUUGCUAGUAAGAUCCCAAGGUACAUGGCAUUUUCUUUACAUGCAUCUAUUUCUUACUUAAAAGACACAAAUGACUGAGUUUUUAUUUAGUUAUUAUAGUGUGAGACAGACGGGUGGUAGCAGUGUUGUCUUGGGCGACUUAAUCAUAACAAUGUUUUUUUCUAUUAAACCAGUCGCUUCCUCUGUCUUUAAAUUCAAGACGGGAUAAAGUUAUACGCCUUCUGUUAUUUGUUAUCUCAAGUGAGCACUUAGAUUAGCUUGCUUGAUAGAAAGUGCUUUUAGAAAAGAAUAAAUUUGUGCUUUGUGGGUUAACGAUCAUUACAAUAUCACGUGGCCUACUUGUUGACGUACAAUGGAUAGGGCAAGAGCAGUUCGCAUUCUCAAUUCUAAUCCGAUUUGCGUUCAUGCCCUGACUGUAUCUAGCUUAAGGAAUUCAUUGGAGUAAGAAAAAUACUGUUAACUUAUACUACUUAGGUUAUAUUAUUUUAUUAACAUGUUGAGUUCGAUAUCAAUGAAGGAACGAAACGAAGACCCUGACGUAUUUGUCAACAUUUAUAAAUUGUUCGCACUCGUUUACAUGAGUCUACAUAAUGCCCUGAUUAAUAUUUUAUAAAAUUGUGUAGCUGUAAGUGCUUUAAAGGUAUUUCUGCACGAACUUAUCGAGUUCGUGCAAAUAAUAGUCUAAAUAGAGAACUUGAUAGCACUACAUAUAUAAAAGUAACGUGGUAAAAUCCACACGUUUAGAUAUUGUUUUGAGCAUUUGCCUUGCGUGUGUAUAGAAAUCCGAAUUGAAUCAUAUUAUACCUAACAUCAUGAAAGAGGCCCUGUGUUCUAGGUAGGGCUGAGAUUAAUUGCGGUUGGCCUAUUGAUGAUCAGUGUAACGUCUAUUCAAGCGCUUACCUCAAUCAAACGAAAAAGUAACGGCGGGCUGCGCAGACUGCAGACGCUAGGGAGAUUGCGUAGACUGAACGUACACUUUACGACAGUAUCACCCAGUGAUUAAUGCUUUUGUGAGCAAAGAAAUGUUGUGCCAAGUACACGGAGUCGAUAGAAGACCUCGUAAAGCCGAACACUAGAUUGUACAUUAUUUUCGGCUCAUGCGUAUCUAUACGCUCGACUAUCAGAUAUUAAUAUUUAAAAAUCAUUUACAAGGCCGGUCUAAAAUUAAGCAGGAGAGGAAAGCCGAGUUGGGCUUUAAUGAUCGUAUGUAUCGUUAUGGCACAUAAAACAGCGUAAGGCAGCUUUAGGACUCAAGUAUAUCGCAAGAAAUCGGCAACCUAUAUUCAAAUUCUUUUAGAAUAUCUCGAUGUUUCUUACAUUAUAGCGUAAGCCACCAGUUACAGCUAUACGGGGAACGCGUAUGUUUUGUAUGGUAUCAGAGGCAGGUUGUGGAGACACGCCAUUAAUGGCCGACUACGUGCGUUGUACCAGUCGCUAUCUAACCGUGAAACCAUCUCAUCGAAAA